AUGUCUUUUACAUCGCCAUUGCGACAGCUGCCCAUAAGGCCAUCCGGCUCCUGGACUUGCUUGGCAUGCUCCCGCUCGCUGGCCCGGGUCCCUCGCGCCCGCAAUCCCGCUUUCACGGCGCAAAGAUGGUUAAACACGGCCAAGUCUGCGCCGCAGGGUACCGUGCCCAGGAUGGACCAGAUGCACGCGCAGUACAAGAUGAAGAACAGGACCGUCAUGAACUACGUGUUUAGCGUAAUCGUGGGCUUUGUGGCUAUAACAUAUGGCUCUGUGCCCAUGUACAAGAUGAUCUGCCAGCAAACAGGCUGGGGAGGCCAGCCCAUCAAGUCUGCGGCCCACGGCGGCAACACGAGCGUUGACCCCGCCGAGCGUUUGAAGCCCGUGGCCAACCACCCGCGCAUCCGCAUCACAUUCAACGGCUCCGUGUCGGACGUGCUUCCCUGGAAGUUUGUACCGCAGCAACGCGAGGUGCGCGUGCUGCCUGGCGAGACGGCCUUGGCCUUUUACACGGCGACGAACAAGUCCCCUGAGGACAUUAUCGGCGUGGCCACCUACUCCGUGACACCGGGCCAGGUUGCGCCCUACUUUAGCAAGAUCCAGUGCUUUUGUUUUGAGGAGCAACGGCUGAAUGCGGGUGAGACGGUCGAUAUGCCUGUGUUUUUCUACAUUGAUCCCGAGUUUGUGACGGAUCCUAAUAUGAAGGGUAUUGAGACGGUCACGCUGAGCUAUACAUUCUUCAAGGCAAAGUACGACAAGGAUGGGCAUCUAAGACCUGUGCCAAUGUCGUAGUAAAAAGCAUCAUUGUUCAAAAGAUUGGGCGGGAUUGUAUGAUAUGAUAUGUAUUUGUUUGCAUGUGGUAUUGCUAUUUGCAACUGAGGCAUGGCAGGCAUCGAGUAGCUCGUAGCCGUCUCAAUGCGAUUGUAUUGAAUAAUCCGGUUCAGACCUCUCAUCAUGUAUCUUGUGCUGUUGCGUCUCAGCGCCGUUUGGACAACGACUUGAUCUCCUCAGGCGCCACGGGUUCACAUGCAACAUUAUAAGCCGCAAAGCUGAGCAUGGCUGAGACCCCACCGAAUCUACGAAUCGUCAGGCAGCAGUCCCCAGCGGUCAUAAUGCGCCCGCUUUGCCUCGUCUCCCAAGACGGUCCUCGCCUGGUUGAUCUCAGCCAUCUUCUCUGUAGCCCUGUCCUUGUCCUUGUCCCCACACCGGUCAGGAUGCCACUUCAGACUCAUGGCGCG